AUGAGUGAAAAUGAUAGAAAUAAUCUAUCUAAAUCAAUACCGUUUCAGCAACGACGAGCGAAAAGUGCUGAUGAAUUUGCACUUCAAAUUUUAAAUGAUGAAAAUUUGAAAAAAAAAACAUUGCUCAAUGGCAGUCAUGAAAUAAUUCAAGAAUAUAAUGAUGAUUAUAUAUGUGCUCCAUUACCACGAACAAAUAAUCGACCAAGUGCACGUACAUGUUGGCGAUCUCGUCCUGUAUUUGCACCAUCACCAAAAUGUAAUUUUGGACCAAAGGGUACUCUCAAAAAAAUCCAAAAUAAUGAUCAACUUAUUGUUAUUCAAGAUCCAUCUACUCAACGUUUACAUUGGAUUUCAACACCUAAUCAUAUUCUCAUUAUUCGUAAACCAGGACCAACGACUUUAAAAGAAUUUCAGACUCUUAUUGGAAAACUUCUGAGGCGUCAUCUCAAUGUUUAUAUUGAAUCAUCUGAUCAAGAAUAUUUAUCAGUGGAUAAUAAUUCUGAUUUGAAAAAAUAUGCUGAACAAUUUAUUGUCUUUGAUCAAGGGGAUUUACCAAAAAUUGAUUUAAUUAUUUGUCUGGGUGGUGAUGGAACACUUUUACAUGCUUCAAGUAUAUUUCAAAAAAGUUGUCCACCUAUAUUAUCAUUUUCUAUGGGUUCAUUGGGAUUUUUAACUCCAUUUGAUUUUAAAUCUCAUGAAAAAAUUUUAAAUGAAGUUCUAGCUGGUAAUGUUGCUGUUCUAUUACGAUCACGUUUAAGUUGUACAAUUAAUAAAAAAACAUCAGAUAAUACAUCGACACCAACUACGCCAGAUAUAUCUUCACGUACAAAUGAUACAAUUAAAUUAGAUCAUGAGGAUAAUAAGACAUGUCUGGUAUUAAAUGAAGUUGUUAUUGAUCGAGGACCAAAUUCAUAUUUAUCAAAUCUUGAUUUAUUUAUUAACGAUAGAUUUAUUACUAAAGUACAAGGUGAUGGUUUGAUUAUUUCUACUCCUACUGGUUCUACAGCUUAUGCAAUGGCUGCUGGUGCUUCUAUGGUUCAUCCAAAUGUUCCUUCAAUGGUGAUCUGUCCAAUUUGUCCGCAUUCAUUAUCCUUUCGUCCAAUUGUUGUUCCAGCUGGUAUUGAACUUGUUGUGAAAGUAUCGGAAGAUACUCGUCUAAGUGCAUGGCUUUCAGUUGAUGGAAGAAAUCGACUUGAAUUAAAUCAAGAAGAUAGUAUAAAAAUUACAACAAGUGUUUAUCCUAUUCCGUCCAUAUGUCGAUUUGAUCAAUUAGGAGAUUGGUUUGAAUCAUUAGCUGACAUACUUCAUUGGAAUUUACGUAAACCUCAAUCAAGUUUUGAUAUUGAUGAAGAAAAUCAAUCUAAUGAAAAAUCAGACAGUCAAGAGGAUGAAAAUAAAAAUUCUUCUUUAUCAGAAACAGACGACUUAUCGAAACAACUAGCGUUAUAA